CGGAGCUGGCGGUCACAGUUGUGCCCUGGAUUGUAGCAGAGGGAGAGAGAGAGAAAGAGAGAGAGAGUGAGAGCAACCCUCCUGCAGCCUGUUCACCCACCACCAUGGAUGUCAAACUCUUGGCACUGAUGGCUCUGCUGGCCGUGGCCACACAUGCACCAACCUCCAAUGCAAAGCCCAUCAGCCUGGUCGAGCGGUGUUGGUGUCGUUCAACCCUCAACACGGUUCCUCAGCGCUCCAUCAAAGAGCUCAAGUUCCUCCACACGCCCAACUGCCCCUUCCAAGUCAUUGCCAAGCUGAAGAGCAACCGGGAAGUUUGCAUCAACCCAGAGACCAAGUGGCUGCAGCAGUACUUAAAGAACGCCAUUAACAAGGUGAAGAAAUCCAGAAGACGCAGUAACAAGAAAAACUAAACACAAGGAAAGGCAUGUAUGCCGUCAGGCCUGUGUCGAACCUGCAUACCUCCCAGUCACUGCUAUGGAUGCAUGUAAACACGCUGUAUGUACCUGUCCAGCUCACUGGACCGCUCGCAGAACCAGCACUUCACCGCCAAAACCGUGCCGUCCCCAGCACCACCACCGGUCCCUCUGGACGCCCCACGCAGUCACCCCCCCAACCCUCUAUGUUAGUACCAAAAUGCAGUUACACCUUGGAAUGAUGGGAUGCAUGUUGAUGACGGGUGUGUGUGUGUGUGUGUGUGUGCGUGCGUGCGUGCGUGCGUGCGUGUGUGUGUGUGUGUGUGUGUGUGUGUGUGUGUGUGUGUGUGUGUGUGUGUUUGAAUGUGCGUCACAUGAACUAACUCUGACUAUGUGUCUGUAUAUAGAAUUUUUUUUACUUCACACAGCUAUAAAUGAAACAGACCUUUCUGUCUCACACACAAGGUUUUGUGGGUAAUGCUGCCUUCAUGCUCCUGUCUAAAUAGCUCAAAUUGUGAGAAAAUGUAUCAGGAAUUCACCUGAGUGAAAAUAAUCAGUUGUAUUUGCAGCAAUACGAUUACCUCAACUUUAAAGUUUUUGAAAAGAGUGAAUCCUACUUACUUUUUAAUUGUUGAUCUUAUAUUCGUUAAAAUGAAUAUAAGAUCAAGGUGAACGUGGCAUUACUCCAAGACUGAGGGGUCAUGGGACAGACAUGGAGGCUGGCCAGUGGGGUCAACCCUCCACAGGGGGUGACCAAUCAGGGCAGGCCAUGCUACCACAGGUCUUGCAUUGUCUUUGAGCUUGCUGCAGGAACAAAACAGAGAAACUGUUUAAGAAACAAGCACUGAUCUUAUGGUGCUAUAUAUUCAUUAUAAGGGGUCAGAGCCUUAGACAUAUUUGUAUUUCACUGUUCAUUUUAUGCAAGAUUUAAGAUGGGACGCUGUGACUUCUAAGUCUUAUAUGAAACUCAAUUAUGUUUUUACCACAAAAUACUUAAAGCGCUGUUGUUGGAGCCUGAAGUGAAAAGAGAGUGAAAGAUGAUGCUACGCGAAGGCCAUACUGUACUGAUACAGACGAUAAAGAAGUGGAAUAAAACACUUAUCCAUGCAGCUUUUUCAUUGAUUGAACAUAUCAACAAACAAAGACCAAAUAUUUAUUCAGUAAAACAUGUAACAUGAAGAAACCUGUGAAACUCAAAAAAGCGUGACUUUCUAUUUCAUUUAUUUUUAGCAAGAAGCAAAAGAGCAUUAUAAUUCUGGACAGUUUCUUUACACCUUAUCAAAGGGACCGGAUAACUGUAUGUCAUCGUGACAACAGAGCAAUUUAAUGGCAGUAUUUUCAUACCAACACCUGUCCUUGGUAGGAAUGAAAAGCUAGUAAUUUGUCACAUAAAACAUGAAGCUGAAUGAUAAAUGUCACAAAGGGAAUGUUCACGGUGGCAAAUAGUAAGUUUUUGAGCUUCCUUUUUUAUAUAUAUUUGAGCCACUUUAUUAUCAGAUGUGUCUUCUAUAAGUAAUGGUUUUAUUUUUAUAUUGUGUGUAUAAUUUUACUAAAUGUUUUUUAAUGCAAUGUACAGUAGGCAGUAGCUACUAAAUGAAGGCUAUUCCAUAAAAUGCAAAAAAAAAAAACAGUAUUAAAUUUCAUUUCUACGGUUUCAUGCAAUAUUUCACACGUGUGUAAUGGUUUGUUUCCAAUUAUUAUGCACAGUAUGCAACAGAUUCCUUCUCCAAAGGAUUAAAACACUAUCUUUUAACAUGUUGUUUUACAAAAUGGAUACAAAAAUCAACCAAACAAGAUCAACUUUUUCCUUUUGCUUCGUCGUUCUCUCAGAGUUAAAAUGGGUGAACUGGAUAAUAUCUGUUGAGUCCAACACACAGUGAUUGAAAAACAUGGACCAAUGUCAUUGUGUUACAUGAGUCAGGAACUUAUUCAGCUUGGCCCACCAGUCGUCCCCGUCGGCCACUUGACGUAUUGACGUAUGAUGUGUCAAUAGAGCCACUGAGCCAAAACAGAACAAAACCUUUGAGUUGAGAGCCAAGCGACCAACAUGUGCUUUCAAUCUGGGCACUCCCAGCAUCCCUCAGGCUUUCAUUCAAUUUCAUUCAACUGCUGCCACGCUGCAAAAUUAGAGCCUGUUUUUCUUCCCCUAAAAUUGUAAUGGAAGACCUGGUGGUCGUAGUAAUUGUUACGGUCUUUGUUUUGUUUUGGUUUAUUGUGCCUGAUCUUUUUGCUGACCGACUGGUUACAGGUGAUAAUUUUAUCAAUUUGUAGUUAAUAGUGCAAUAAUCCUGUAAGUGUAAUUUAUUUCCCAUUAAUGUAAUAGAAGUUAAUGGACAUUAAUUCUAUAUUAUUACACUAACUUGUUUAGAAAGAAGAUUGUGAAGUUACCUGUGUAAAGUUCAACCUUUAUGAUAUAUAUAUUGUGAUAAUAAUCUCAAUAACAGCAAAAAAGUUACGACAUUAAAAAGUGGUAAACUCUAUUAAAUUAAUGGGAAAUGUGUUUACCACACUAUUAGCAGCAUUUGUUUCAUUAAUGAUUUAUGUGAAUGAGACACAUUUGUAACAAGUAAUUAGCUGUACUAGACAGACUUAAAGUGAAUUUCUGUAGUACUGUGGUCCCAUUAAUCCCUUGCAGUGUUAGUGCCAUUCAUCAAACAAUCACUGUAGACAACAUUUAGUAUGAUUCAACUGUAUAAGCUGAAUAUACACGCAACGAUAUUAUCACACCUAUACUUGCCACCAGAGCUUUUACAGUAAAUGGGUGUAACAGUGUGUAUUUCAGACCAAAUGUGCACAACAGUUUUACAUGUCAAAACACAUUCAGGUUCACAUUUACUUGACACUUGUUGCAUUACUGUCAAGUAAAAUGUAUCAAAGUGGGUGCAUGUGUUCGGCUUUGGACCCCAAGACAAUGUGAAAUAACUUUAUUUCUUUUGAGGCAGCUUCUGACACAUAUUCUUCAUAUACGUGAAAUGUAUUAGAGUAUUACCCUGUGUAUUUUCACUGUUUGUAAACCAAGAGGCAGUAUUUUAGCUAUGAUACUCAAGCCCUAUUUCAAUAAAGUCAUAUGAAAUAAAAAUC